AUGGCAGCCAAGAGACUCAUCAAAGAGCUCGACGCCUACCACUCCGAUCCAUCCCCGGCCGUAGCAAUUCUACAGCCGGCCGACGAUGGAGAUCUCCUCCACCUGACCGCUGUUCUCCUAGGACCGCAGGAGACAGCAUACGAAGGCGGCACCUUCACUCUCACCCUCGCCGUUCCGCCCAACUACCCCGCCGCUCCACCCGACAUCCGCUUCCGCACUCCCUGCUGCCAUCCCAACGUCAACUUCAAAACCGGCGAGAUCUGUCUCGACCUCCUCAAGGGCUCCUGGACGCCUGCGUACGGCCUCAUCAGCACGCUCGAAGCCGUGCAGCAGUUGCUGAGUGCCGGCGGAAACCCGGAUAGUCCGUACAAUCUCGAUGUUGCGAGGUUGAUGCGCGAGGGGGACUUGGUGGGAGCGGAGGCUUUGGUGAGGUUCUAUACUCGGCUCUAUGCUUGGGGACGAUGA